GUGUAUCAGACAAUUGGUGCACCUCCAUCUUUGGUGUCGAUCAAUGUUCCACCUUCGGUGCCUAUUUACCUUAAAAAGGGAAGCUUAUUAGCUUUAUAUUCCAAGAAUGUCGAUAAUAAGAACAUUAAGAAUAUAAUCUCCAAUUCAAUUACUGGAGAAAUUCAAAUUAUCUCACCCAUUCGUCGUUUUCUUUUGGGUGGGUUUCCAUCAAUUUACCAAAAAUUGAUAUCGACUGAUCCAUUCACUGCAUUGAUAUCGUCAAAUAUCAACUCUAAAUUAAAAAAAAAAUACCAGACUUCUUUUAGAAUUAUUCAAUUGAAUGGAACAAAAGAUUGGGCAAUCUUUCCUAAGAAUUCUUUACAAUUAUACUAUGGAUCUUCAUUAGUAAUUAAAAAUUUACUUUUACCAAGAAAGAUUUCAAAAAAACUAUCAUUACUCUUGAAUAUCCCUAAAAGUUCGAAAACUGGUUUAUUUAAGUUUUUAAAAUCAGGCUAUACUUUUGUUACAGGAAGAGGUUAUAUUGGGUUGACUGGAUUAGGAGAGAUUUAUAAUUUUGAAUUGAAAGAAAAUGAAGAAGUAUUAGUAUUUAAAGAUAAUCUAUUGGCGUUGACGAUAAAUGGACCAAGGGAUUUACGAAACUUAAUCAAAAAAGAAAUAAUUAGGGAUAAUCAAUACAUAACCUUACUAAGAUUAUUAAGAACUAAUAAAAUUUCAUUAAAUUUAAUAUUAAAUUACUUUAAAAUUAAAUUCAAAUUACUCAAAUUUUAUUUCAAAAAAUAUUCCUCGAUUUUUUAUUUAUCGACUUAUAAUAUAGUUGGCGGUAAUGGUGGAUAUAUUAAAAUUAUCGGACCAACAAAUAUUUUAUUACAAACUAAUACAGGAAAGGAGUUACCAAUAAGUUCAUUUGCUAAAAAUCUUAAAAAUGGAAUUGAUAAAAAACCAGAGGACUAUUUAAGUUAUGUAACCAUUAAAGAUGGUAAAGUCGUAUUUGAAAGUACCCCAGACUUUUCUGAAACUGUUAAAAAAAUUGAGAAUUUAAAUAAACAAAAAUAA